CCCACAACAAACGAAGGGGGUGGAGGGAUACUGAAGAAGGAACAAUUGUCUUAAUGCUACGCUGGGAUCAGCAGCUUCCAGUGAAGACAAAAUGAGUCGGGCAGGAAGAGGAAGAUCGUGCGGGAAGCUGCAUCCCAUUUUGGUUUGGCGAGAGGGAGGCAGCGAAGCACCUGGACUAUGGAGGUUAGUUGAUUCUCGAAAUCAGGUCGUUCGGAAAAAAAAAACUGCCGCUUUCUUUUUUUUGAAAGGAACGGCAAAAGCUUUGCCGUAAAUUUUAUUAGAAGAGAAUCUCUACCUAUUAUUAAAGCAAGUAACAUCUCUGCCUGUAUUUUCGUCCGUCGUGGUUAUUUUGCAAAAAAGUCCCUUGACUUUUUAGUAAUCAACCCUCAGUCCAAAUGUUGAAAAGAGGGGAGCUCGGGUAGAAAAAGAAGGGAAGGGAGGGGGUUAACGGGAAAAACACUUCUCCUUUCUUCACAACAGAGAGGCGGAGGGAGAUUGGGCGCGGGCGGCCGGCAGCGUCGGUGGUGCGGCGGCCGGCGUCCUGAGCUCGGCCGCGGCCGUGAAGAAUAGGAGGAGGGAGAGUGUGAAGGGAGGUCCUCUCUCCUCCUCACCUCGGCGAAGGAAGCGCUGGAGGCGGCGACGGAUCUGGCGCCAGACGAGGGAGCUCCUCGGGGAGGUCCACAUUCUUAUAUAUCUUAAGUCCCCAACUGAUCGGCAACGGCAAGUUGCUACAACCUGUCUUUCUCGUCUACGUUCUCGACGCGCAGAGGACAUGGAAGCAAACUGGAGCCACCUUCUCAACCUCCUCCUGGUUCUACUUUCUCCCAUAGCCUUCGCCGCCGGUUUUGCUGACACGCUCGGCAAGGCUGGCAACAUCACCGGCGACGAGACGCUCGUCUCGGCCAAUGGAACAUUUACCAUGGGUUUCUUCUUCCUCGGGCCGUCAACCAACAAGAAGUACUACCUAGGCAUAUGGUUCUCAGUGUCUAGUAGUGAUGCCAUCUGCUGGGUGGCCAACAGUGAGCGCCCUCUCUCCGACAAGACCGGCGCGCUGGUGCUCAGCGACACGGGGAGCCUUCUCCUGCGAGACGGCUCCGGCCAGGUCGCGUGGUCGUCCAACUCCACCAUCGCCUCCUCUUCAUCGGUGGAGGCGCAGCUCCUCGAGACCGGCAACCUGGUCGUGCGCGACCAAGGCAGCGGCAACGUCCUGCUUUGGCAAUCGUUCGAUCACCCGUCGAACACCAUGCUGUCCGGCAUGAAGGUGGGCAAGAACCUGUGGAGCGGAGCCGAGUGGCACCUCACGUCUUGGAGAUCGGCCGACGACCCGUCACCGGGGCCCUACCGCCAGGUGCUGGACACCAGCGGCCUACCGGACUUCGUCUUGUUGGACGGCAACGCCACGAUCUACCGCUGUGGCCCCUGGAACGGCCGGUCGUUCAGCGGCGUCACGGAGGCUUUGGGGAACACGUACACUGACCUGCUCACGUUGGGUGUGACGAUUAGUCCGGGAGAGAUCUCGUACAGUUACACUUCUAAACCCGGCGCCGCCUUGACUCGUUUGGUGGUGACGGACGACGGCAAGGUCAAUCGCGUCGUGUGGGAUAAGAGCAGCCGGGGAUGGACGCAUCAGCCCAUCUUUCAAGGCCCAAGGGAUCCCUGCGACGACUACGGCAAGUGCGGAUCGUUUGGUCUGUGCGACGUCAGUUCGGUGUUGUCCUUCUGCGACUGCCUCAGGGGCUUUAGCCCUGCGUCGCCUUCGGCGUGGAGUAGGGAUACCUCGGGCUGCCGGCGGAACGUGAAGCUGCAGUGUAGUAGCAAUGGGGUCACGACGGAUGGCUUCGUGCUGGUGAAAGGGGUGAAGCUUCCCGACACGCACAACGCAUCGGUGGACAUGGGCAUGUCGAUGAAGGAAUGCAGGAGUAGGUGCCGCGCAAACUGUUCGUGCUUGGCCUACGCCGCCGCGGAUAUCCGGGGAGGCGGUGUUCCUAGCGGCUGCGUCAUGUGGACGGAUAACAUCGUCGAUCUUCGUUAUGUCAACCAUGGGCAGGAUCUGUACCUGAGGCUGGCCAAGUCUGAACUAGACAAGGAUUUCCCUCUCGCGGCUGUUGUUGCACCGGUAGCGUUCGUUGGUGCUGCACUUGCCCUGUUCCUCCUGAUUUGGUGGAGAAACAAAACCAAACGCAACGCCUCAGAUGGUCCUUGGAGCCCAACUAUGGGCGAUCUCUCUUUCGAUCUGCCUACUGUAAAGAUGGCGACGGGGGAUUUCUGCCAAAGCCAUGUUAUUGGUGAAGGUGGAUUCGCUGUAGUGUACAAGGGCGAAUUACCUGACGGGAGAACGGUUGCGGUGAAGAGGUUGAAGCAGUCAGCUCUCACCGACAAAGGCAGGAGCGAUUUCGCAAGGGAGGUGGAUGUGAUGGCCAAUGUCAGGCAUGGCAACCUCCUCCGUCUCCUUGCCUACUGCAACGAAGGCGGCGAGCGCAUACUGAUUUAUGCCUUCAUGCCCAACAAGAGCUUAGACCUCUACAUAUUUGGCGAACCUAGCGACCGCGCUAGGCUGAACUGGAGGCAGAGGUUGGAUAUAAUCCAUGGCGUCGCGCACGGCGUCGCAUAUCUUCACCAGGGAUCGGAGGAAAGCGUCGUCCACAGAGAUCUCAAGCCUUCCAACAUACUACUAGAUGAUAACUGGAAACCAAAGAUAGCCGACUUCAACACUGCCAAGUUGUUCAUCAAAGAUCAGCCAGAUCAGUCUGAUCCGACCAUUGUUGUUUCACCGGGAUAUGCAUCUCCGGAGUAUUUGCAAGGCGAGAUGACACUGAAGUGCGACGUGUACAGCUUUGGUGUCAUCCUGCUAGAAACCCUUAGCGGGCAAAGGAACAGCCCCACAAAGGGAGCAAUUUCAAAUGCACGGGAGUUCUGGCAGCAGGACAGGGCGAUGGCUCUUCUCGAUCCAACGGUUCCCCUGCCUCUGUCUACGCCUGAUUCCGAGAUGAGGUCCGAGCUCGAGAGGUACGUCAAGAUUGGGCUUCUCUGCGUGCAGGAGGCACCGGAAAACAGGCCGGACAUGUCCGCCGUUGUCGCCAUGCUCACCACCCGGAACUCAGACAUCAACCUGCUGCCGCGCGCUGCGCUGCAGAACGUGGCCGCUGCCACAUGUACAUGAGAUGAGGAAGAUCUCCUCUCCAGAGUCUGCAACUAGGAAAUCGAUAUUGCUUCCAUCUCCAUUCAGCAUUUUUUUGUGUCACAGUUUUUUGUAUCCCAAAAGCUGGUAUGUGUUAUGUCUGAUAAUGCCGUGUUAAGCAUACUGCUAAGAAAAAUACAAGUGAAAAAAGUUCUUACUGCCAAUUUAGUUUGAUUGAUGAAAUGUUGCGAAAACCACCUACCGUACAUGUGCUCGGUGGACUCUCGCUAUUUUCGUCAAAUGCUGCUACUCCGUCUUAUGCUAGCUGAGUCAAAGCUUCGGAGUUACUACCCUGCUUGAGACUCUUAGCGGGCAAAGGAACGGCAAAUCACAGGGGUUGAUUCCACGUGCAUGGGAGCUGUGGGAGCAGGGCAGGGCGACGGGCCUUCUCGAUGAAGCGGUUGCUCUACCCGGACCUGCUGAUUCGUCUCUGAGCUGGAGAGGUGCGUCAAAAUUGGGCUUCUUUGCGUGCAAGAUUCACCGGACGCCAGGCCGGACAUGCCCGCCGUUGUCGCCCUUUUUUCUUUCCAGUAGUGGUGGAGUCGAAAAUCCUGCUACUUUUUUGCAUGCCCUUUUUUCUUUCCAGACAGGCUAAAAGUAGCAUGCACCUUGUUUUUGUUCAUGCCUUUUUUCAAACCACUAUUUUGUACGCCU